AUGAGUAAAAAGUCUGAAGAAGAUCUUAUCGAGGAAGCUCAAGUCAAAGCUUCUAUUUAUCAAAAUGAAAGUAUCCUUCAUGCAAUACACGAAAAUAUGGAUGUAGACUAUCAACAAUUUCUACAAACAAUGCCAUUAUUUUCAACAGGCGAAGAUUUAACAUAUAUUAACAAAAUAGAGCAAGAAUUAAAUAAAAUGCGUGAAGAUCGUAUUGGAGAAGAUCCAAUUGAAUGGCCAAGGCUUAUAUUGUAUACAUGUGCACAAUUCCAGGAAAGAAACGAGCUACGAUCAAAACUUGAACAUAUAAAUGAAGAGAAGAACCGAAUGAGGAAUAUGAUAAGCCAUGGUAUGAAUUAA